CUGAUGCGGCAUCUUGCCUUUUGAUAAAUUAUUGACGAGUCGAUGAAUGUAAUUUACAUAAUUUUAUUUCUAAAAAAUUUAAAUUAUACACCUAAAUUGUAUUCUCUCUUCUAGUUCUAUUAUUUCUAGUUUUAAAAUAUAGAAAUAAAAUUAUAAUUUGGAUUUUAUAAUAUGUGAUGAUAAUUAUCCCUAGAUAUAAGAAUAAUUAUGCAACGCAACGGUUGCGCCAUGUCAUUUGUGCAAUAAAUCAAUGAGCCGUUACCCAUGUGUAAAUAUUUAAUAAUAAAAAAAAUAAGAAAUAAAUAAAAAUUCCUUAUCGCAAAUGUUUAUUGAUUUGUUGUAAAAAUAACAUGUCACAUCCGUUGUGUGAGAUAUAAUGAUUUGGAUUCACUAUUAUGAGAUUUCCAUUAAAGCAUAGACAAUAACACAUGAAAAACGACAUCGUAUUACGUGAGAUCCUCUGAGAUAAACUAGGCCUGCUCAAAACAGCCCAUUAAGCCCAUCUUCUGUUUUCUCCUCUGCAAUUACAAGUUACAACAAAAAGAUGACAUCUUUUCAAAACCUUGCUUCGAUUCAAAAUCAUCUUCACUUUCAAAUGAUUUCUACAAGCAGACAUUUCCUGACGCAAAUCUACUCUAAAAUCCAUUUUACCAGUUACCCAUUUGUCUCAUAUCACUCAAACAUCUACAAUCUUCUCAAUUCAGUGAUAGCUGAAACCCAGAUCAGCCCAGGUUCUAUUUUUCAUUCAAAUCCAAUAUUCAACCAUUACUCCACAAAACCAUUAUCAAGGUCAUAUAGAAGGAGACAAAAUAAAAGAUUAGAAGCAAGCAAGAAGCCAGUUCUUAAUCAACCCAAAUUUCAAGAAACAAUAUCUCAGUUACCACCAAGAUUCACCAACGAAGAGCUUUGUAAUGUGCUAACACUCGAACAAGAUCCAUUGGUAUGUUUAGAGGUUUACAAUUGGGCUUCACAACAGCAUAGGUUUAACCAUGAUGCAUUAACUUACCAUAUAAUUAUCAAAAAACUCGGCUCUGCUAAAAUGUAUGAAGAAAUGGACAACGUUGUUAAUCACUUGCUGUCUGUUCCGAACAUUGGUAAUGAGCCUUUGUAUAACACUGUUAUUUACUUUUUUACUGAAGCUAGGAAGUUGACUAGGGCGGUUAAUAUUUUUAAGCAUAUGAGGGAGAGUAGAUGUUCCGGUUAUAGGCCGUCCAUUCGUACUUAUAACAGUCUCUUUACUGCAAUGUUGAGUAGGGGGAGGAAUUCUUAUGUUAAUUAUAUGUAUAUGGAGACGAUUCGGUGUUUGUUUAGGCAGAUGGUGAGUGAUGGGAUAGAGCCGGAUGUUUACGCGUUGAACUCUAUGAUUAAAGGGUAUGUUCUUGCUAAUCAUGUUAAUGAUGCCUUGAGGAUAUUCCAUCAGAUGGAGGCUGUUUAUAAGUGUGUGCCCAAUGCGUUUUCGUAUGAUUGUCUUGUACACGGAUUAUGCGUCCAGGGUAGAACGAGAAAUGCGAGGGAGUUGUAUGAUGAAAUGGGGAGAAAUGGCUUUGUUUUGAGCUGUAGGUCGUAUAAUUCACUUGUGAAUGCUUUUGCUCUUGGUGGAGAAGUUGAUCAGGCGGUUAGUUAUUUUUGGGAGAUGAUUGGGAGGAAGAAGCCGCCGGAUUUCAUCACGUACCGGACAAUUCUGGAUGAGAUUUGUAGGCAAGAAAGAGUUGGGGAGGCCAUGAGGUUGUUGAAGGAGUGGCAGGAUAAAGACCUUGUACAUGGGCCUGCGUAUGGGGAGCUUCUGGAUGUUCUUGAAGAUGACAAUAGAAAUUCAAAUGAUAAACAAAACGCGGAUUCAGUUAUGUCGUCCCAAGCUUAUGGAAAUCAUAAUCAUGAACAAUCAUGAAAACUGUGUAUACCAAAGAAUUCUAGAGAAAAACUGAAGAUGGGGAAGCUGGGCUGUGCAGUACUUAUUCAAUACGUUUGUUGAGUCAGGUUGAUCAUCACUAAGUUACUACAGAAGCCAAAACAUAAUAAAAAAAAUAAAGAGAACGCAUUUUAAUGUCAGUAGUGGAAAAACUUCACAACAGCCCAAAUUGAAGAUGAAUAUACCUCAAUGCUCGACUGCAAGUCCUCCAACAUUCUUGUAAGCUUGCCAAGAUUUUACCAAGAUUGCCACAUGUCCGGAAAGUAGCUCGAGACGAAGCCUCAGUUCUUGAAGAGCGAUUCCACAAGUUUCCAACCAAGCCAAUGGGUGGUCACCAUCUGAUUACUCUCCAUUUGGUUGUUUUGACGCGAAUCAUAUGCACCAAAUCAGAUUGUAAGUAUCAUCAAAGAUUGUGAGACUAAUAAUCCAAACGGUACCAAGGUCACAUAAUCUGCAGCAGUGAGAUGGAAAAAUUAACUCCUUUUGGCUACGGUAUGUGCUGUAAAUUGCUGUUACAUUGUCUUUAAUUUUUCUGUAAUUUAACCGACGUUUUAGCAUAUAUUAGUCUUCCACUAUUUCCCCUCAA